CCAAAGCAUCAGUGCAAUACUUGCGCAGGAAUAACAAGAUUUUACGCACACAAUGCCUUCAGCUGUUCCAACGGGGAGCGGUAGCCCUGAAUAUCCUCAGGGUGGCAUUUUGGGUCUUUGCUGGUCAAAGUACAUCAAAGAGCUUCACAGGCGGCCCUUGCGCACAAAAUGCAUUACCUCAGCUUGCGUCGCAGGCCUCGGCGACGUCCUAGCCCAGCUCAUAGCGUCAGGCAGUUACAGUAGCCUAAAGCGGACCCUGGCGCUCGCGUGCUUUGGCUUUCUGUACACCGGCCCCUCCGCUCACUACUGGCAGAAGUUUAUGGAGCUUCUUUGCUCCGGCAAGACCGACGUCAAGACAGUCACGCUCAAGGUCCUGAUCGACCAGCUCACCUACGGCCCCGUGUGCAACAUGCUCUUCAUGCUCUUCGCCGCGGUGGCCAUGGAGGGCCGGCCACUGGCUGCCGUACUGCGCAACAUCCCGCACGAGUUCCCUGCCGUACAGCUCGACGGUUGGCAGUUGUGGCCGUUGGCGACGCUGAUCAACUACCGCUUCGUGCCGCUUCAGUUCCGCGUGCUGUUCAUGAACCUUGUGGCGCUGCUGUGGACGGUGUUCCUGUUGCUGCGCGCGCGGGGGUCGCAGGGGCGGGGCCGGGCGGGUGCGGGGGCAGCCGUGAAGGCCGGGAAGUAGCCAGGCUGUGGUUGUGCGGAUGUACAUUUGCUGUAGAGGAUGAAGGGGAUACAUAGGAAUAACUUGCCAUGUGACAAGGACUCUUCCAGUAUGGAAAGAGUGUGGGAUGAAUGCGCGGGAAGGAAAAGAAGGAAGAGGGUGUAUGUCAGGGCGGUUACGGUACUAUAUGGCACUUGGGAGAGAGGUCCCACUUAGAGCGGGAUGAAAUGACGUCGUAUCCCCGCAUGUCGGCUGCCCCACACCCCGUAGGUCGAUUCUACCGCAGCGGCCUCUCAAAGGCCACCAUAAUCGCAUUGAGGCAGAAGUGGGGUUCCAACUCUCAACACUCAUGCCCUUCAGCUGACCCUGGCUGCCGUGGACUGCAGGUGGCUGUCAUGGUGUGUGCGGCAGUCAUGAAUGCUCUUAGAUUGGAAGGAAGCAUGCACCGCGGGGCCCAAGUAUGGGUUACACACCCAGUACGUAGGAUGGGCGGAAAAGCGUUAUGCACGGGCAGCAGGCAUUGGUUCGAUGGCAUGGUGCGGUGGUCAUAAUUUUAGCAGGCUUGAUGUCAACAGCAGGCCUCUAAGUUGGGCAUGUUUGUUGCGCUAGGUGCUAUAAAGUAGUUGUUCAAUUCUAUAGCGGAGCGGAAUGCUCCACGGCAAACAGCAGCUCCAUUGUUGUGUCAUGUUGCAUGAACAGCAUGAGGCGCGGAUUCCUACGCUGCUUUUUGGAAGCAGAAAGGAGCAAAAGCAGCGCAGAGAUUAAGUGGGGUACGUGGAUACGGUACUCCACGCGCGUGUGUAGGCCGUGGCAGGCUGUGGCUUCAUUGGGGGUGCAUGUGGCGUGUGAGAGGGAGUGCUUGCAGGAUGCAUCAACUGUUUAGCUCGGUCUUGCAUACGCACCGUGUCCUUAUGCUGGACUGAUGGCGUUUCACUAGUAAAGCGGACGUAGCGGGCCAGCAGGCCAUGUGAGCUUGUGUGGGG